AUGCACCGUGCUGUCAUGUCCUCCUUCAUUGAGCCUCAACCUUCUCUUCUCUACCGCGUCCUUCGGUGGAUCAGUUGUCGCAACCCCAGAACAGAGCCAUGGAGUUCCUCUAACUCCACCUCCUCCUCAUCCGAGGAAGAGAUUAUCUCAGAGUCAUAUUUUGGCAUGGCGGCAGAGUCUAGGAAUCUCUAUCGUGAAGAACCCGGGCUACCGUGGAGGGAAGUGCUACCUCAGUAUCUCACCAGCAGUUUCAAGACAAUAUCGGUGCGCGACAAAUUCGCCCUGGUAGUCAGGCGGCAAAGGCGUAUUGGCGAUAAUGAUGAUUCCGACCUUUCUCUUUGUUCUAUUACUGUACAGAGCCCCCUCAUCAGAGCCUUGCUCGGCCCUGUCUUCUUCGACUAUAACGGUAUCAACACGAACCUGAAAAAGCUAGAAUUUACGGCGCCUUUCCAUGAGUUCUUCUACCGGUGGACCGAGUUCGUCCAAGCCAAAGCCAAGAUAAAGGACGAGGCCGAAGUUGCACACUUUAGGCUUUUGUUUGAUAUCAUCAGCGUCGAGAUCAAACCGCACAUCGAAGUGGUCGGAGAUUUGAUCAAAAACGGGGUGAUUUCGUUCGGCCAUCUUUGGUCGCUCUUCAGCCCCGGAACAGAGAUCUAUUCUAGGGUCGAUGAUCAGGACCGUCUUUACCUGCUUCUUUCUUCCAGAUACACAGGCAUGGCAGCAGGUAUCGGCUCGUACAUUCUAACAUGUUGCUAUGUCGAGACUGACGGCAUCAACUUCGGCUUUGCCCCGGCGUUUUUGAUCAUCAACGCGUUCGAUAAAUUCAAGCCAAUAUCCGAGCUGAGUGCACUGCCCAGUUACCUUCACCCAAACAUAGACGAGAUCCGGAAGACUUUACAUGCCAGGGGAAAGAAAUUCGAACAAUUGAAAGGAUUCCACCACGUGUCUUACAACGGACACUACGACCUCUCGGAAGUGCCUUUUGGAAGCUCGCGCAAGAGAUUUGUCCAAGAUGGCAGGGUAAUCGUUGACUGUGGUGUCUUCGCGAGAUACAAUGCAGUCUCAUGUGCAAACCUAUCUCCCCUAACAGGAACACCAACGCCAGCCAAUUCGGUCAACAUGUCGCCCAUGAUCGAUAUUGAGAACGAAAAUAUCACGGCUCUCUCACCAGUCAUGCACGAAUUGCAGCGAAUGGCAAAGCUCUCACGGCGAAAAUACUCUGCGCAAAUACCAACACAUCAAAGAACAUAUCUAUCCGAGGAGCACUACGUUCUGUGCAGCCCUACCGCUAAGGGGUUCUGCCUUGGAGCCAAGAAAUGGGUGCUCCUGUACGUCGAUUCAAUCUCGGAGAUCGAAUGGAAUAGCGAUGCUUUCAAACAUCUAGUCCUGCCGCAUGACUACAAGAAAGUUGUGCGUACAUUUGUUGAGGCUCAAAUGUCCCAACAAGAUACUUUCGAUGAUCUGAUUCGCGGCAAAGGCAAGGGCUUCAUCAUGCCUCAGCGGAGAGCCGGGAACAGGCAAGACAUUGACUGCGGAGUCCGUGCUGGAGAGUUGGGCAACGAAGCUGGCGAGGUCGAGAGGAACCUGCAGCGAGUGCUCGAGCUUUCAACGAAGUGGGGUGCAGUCCUGCUCCUUGACGAAUGUGACGUCUUCAUGGUGAGGCGUUCGUCGUCGCACCUUCAUCGGAACCAACUGGUGUCUGUCUUCCUGCGUCUAUUGGAAUAUUAUGAAGGGGUUAUGUUCCUCACCACCAACCGGAUUGAGUCGUUCGACCCAGCCUUCGAGUCACGCAUCCACUUGACCAUCAACUACCCCAAGCUGGACCAGAAUUCAAGGCUGCACAUCUGGCGGACAUUGAUCCGUCUGGGUGCAGAAGCAGAUCUUCCGAGUGAUAUUGACGAAGAGAAGCUGCAGGAAUUUGCUGAAGCCGAUCUGAAUGGAAGGGAAAUCAAGAAUGUGGUGAAGACGGCAGGCCUUCUAGCUGCAGGGGACAAGGUUUCCCUUCGCGUGAAUCACAUAGAGACUGUGCUGCGUGUCAAAAGAGGCGACCGUGCUUAUCUUGGCUUUGACACUCAGAAGAUGCGAACAGACUACUAG